AUGAUUGCAACUUCUCUUGAUUCUGUGGAUUUUCUGAAGAAAAAUUAUGAGCAUGCAAUGUCCAACAUCCAGAAGCUUAGGAGUAGAAAGUGCAUUGUCAUGCAUGGGAUUGACGCUACCAAAGUUGCAAGCCCUCAAUUGUUUGGAGGAAUGACAUUUGAUCGGAUAAUUUACAACUUUCCCUUUGCUGGAUUUUUCAAGGACUUAUCUCGAGAGGCUCAAUUAAGAAAGCAUAGAAGGCUCGUGAGUUUGUUUCUUAAGAAUGCAAAAGAGAUGAUAGGCGAAAAUGGUGAAAUUCAUAUUUCCCACAAAACCAAUGCUUUUCAUAUAGAAUGGAAGUUAGAAUCAAUGGCUUCUUCCCACGGGCUUAUGCUCAUUGAGGCUGUGGAAUUCGAUCAAUCUGAUUACAAAGGUUAUAAGACAAAGCGUGGUUUUGGGGGUGACAUGAAUUUCAAUUGUUACCCUAGUAAAACCUACAAGUUUGGUCUUAAAAGGGCGCAAGUUCAGCUGCUAAAUAUUUUGAAGAAAAAUUAUCAGCGUGCAAUGUCCAACAUCCAGAUGCUUAGGACUAGAAAGUGCAUUGUCUUGCUGGGGAUUGACGCUACCAAAGUUGCAAGUCCUCACUUGUUUGGAGGAAAGACAUUUGAUCGGAUAAUUUACAACUUUCCCUUUGCUGGAUUUUUCAAGAACUUAUCUCGUGAGGCUACCCUAAGAAAGCACAGAAGACUCGUGAGUUUGUUUCUUAAGAAUGCAAAAGCGAUAAUAGGUGAAAAUGGUGAAAUUCACAUUUCCCACAAAACCAAUGCUUUUCAUAUAGAAUGGAAUUUAGAAUCAAUGGAUUCUUCCCACGGGCUUAGACUCAUUGGGGCUCCGGAAUUCGAUCAAUCUGAUUACAAAGAUUAUAACACAAAGCGUGGUUUUGGGGGUGACAUGAAUUUCAAUUGUUACCCUAGUAAAACCUACAAGUUUGGUCUUAAAAGGGCACAAGUUCAGCUCCUAAGUUAG